UAUUUGCCCAGCCCUAACUGGGAUGUUCUUCCAUAUUCUUAUCAUCAUCCGGAUAUAUAUAUUUAAUAAAAUUUUGAUAUAUAUAUAUAUAUAUCAAUAUAAAAUUUUAAAAAUAUAUGGAUCGCAAAACAUAAAUUAUUCCAACUAGGUAUGUGUAUAAACUAUUGCUUCAACAUGUUUUGGUAGGAGACAAGUUCUGCAUUUGUUUGAAGACAUGAACACUAAUGAUAAAAGUAGAAUUUGAUGCCGCUAUAGUUAUCGAAAUUCUAUAUAUUUGUUUAAAAUAUUAACAUAGAUUCUAUAUUUGUUUAAGAUAUAGUUAAAAAUAAAAUAAAAUAUAAAAAUAAAAAUAUAAGUUUGGGUUUUCGAACCAGCACUAACCUAAACGGAUUUAACCCCAAAAUAGAAAAUUCCAAAUGGGUUAAGUCCAAUAAACUUAAAUUUUUGAGCUUAUAUAAUUAAGUCCAAAUCUAGUAAUUUAUAGGGUUGGACAGUCUUGGUUGUGGGCUUAGGACAUUUCCAUCUAUAUUCUAUUUUCUCCUUUAAAAUAGAAUAAAAAAAAUAUUGAGUAAGGAAUGCUCCAACACAACUUCAUAUCUCACUUCAUAAAUGGAGUAAUCUAUUUUUUUUAUUCAUCGCUCCAUUAUGGAGUGAGAAAUAGAAUAAGUUUAGAGCAAUUUUACUCUAUUUUCAUUUUUACUUCAUUUUGGAGGAAAAAAUGGAAUUUUACAUUGUAAAUGCUCUUAGGAGCUAAUUUACAUUUAUAUGAUAUUCAAUGCUUUUUUUUUGGUCAAAGAUAUACACUGCGAAAAAAUAGAUUCGUGAUCUAAACCCUAAACUAAAUAUCCGCAACUCAUAUCUCUAUCAUUAUAACCCUCGAAACUUCUUAUCCUCCUUUUACAAACCAAUCCUCUGAAACACAAGAAACGAGAGGUAAGAGACCCAUGAGGAGUGUCCUCUGAUUAAUCGUGGCCGAAAGUAGUUUUGUCAAUUUGAUUUUGAAUGGAUCGAUAUAAGCUCAAUUGUUACAAAACUCUUUUAUUUAUUUUUUCAAAAGUUAGGGUUUCUCGUUAUAUCUUCAUCAUUCUUUCCUCGUAUCCAAUUCAUUGACACACAAAACUUGUGAAGUUUGACCUUAAUUAUUGUUACGGUCUUAAAAUAAGAUGUUGCACGUUCCCUUUUUGUUUGAUCUGAAUGUGCUGAUGCUUUUGUUUCGAACCGAAUCUCAACAGUUUCCAAAAUAAUCUGUAUUAGUUCAGUUUUGGUUGACCAAAAAAAAUUAAGUUCUGUUGCAAUUAUACAUUUUUCCUUUUUCAUUUGUUGAUCAGCAGAUGAGGAACUGUUCGGAAAAAGCUCCAUCUGUGUCCAAAAGUAAUGAUGAGGGUUGUGAGGAUGAUAAGCCUUUGAGUGCCAGGGUUAAAGUUCAAAUGUCAUCGACGGUGCAGAUAAAGAUCAGCGUGUUUGCAUCAAGUAGCAAGAAGAGACCUUUGGUUGAUAAUAUCAAACGAAAUGGUUCAAAACCUAAAGGGCAGAGUUCUCAGUCACCUUCUAAGAGACAUCUUGAGAAGGGAAGUUCUUCGAAUCAAUCCUUUGUUAAGAGGCCUAAGCUUUUAGGUAACGCAGCUACUCCAGAUAUCAAAGGGAAGAAUCUAGACGCAUGCAAGCCUUUGAAAGUUAACCAAGCAACUGUUAGGGAAGAAAACUCAGAUGGUGAUGAUCAUCUCCCUAUUGCCUCAAGGAUGAGGUCAGGUUACUCAAAUAAUAAAUCAUCAUCCUCUAAGACAAAUGCUAGUAAGAUGAUAGCUUCUUCAUCCAGAAAGAUAGCUAAGAACAAAUGCGUGAAAGAUUCUAAAGCGUUACCUUUUAGAGAUGGGCAAAAGAAAUGGACAACACUAGUGCACAAUGGUGUUCUUUUUCCACCUCCAUAUAAAUGUCAUGGGGUUAAGAUAUUGUAUCAGGGAAAGCCAGUUGACUUAACUCCUGAACAAGAAGAGGUUGCCACUAUGUUUGCAAAGAUGAGAGAAACGGAAUAUUACAACAAACCAUUGUUUAGAGAGAAUUUCUGGAAUGAUUGGAGGGAACUACUUGGAAAGGACCAUGUGAUUAGAAACUUAGAUGAUUGUGAUUUCAGUCCCAUAUAUGAAUGGUAUAUGCAGGACAUUGAGAUAAGGAAACAAAUGAAUGCAGAAGAAAAAAGAAUUCUGAAGGAGGAGAAAUUAAAGCAGGGAGAGAAAUACAUGUGGGCAGUUCUUGAUGGCGUCAAAGAGAAGGCUGUAAAUUUCAGAGUUGAACCCCCAGGCUUGUUUCGUGCCCGGGGAGACCAUCCUAAGAUGGGGAAACUCAAAAAACGGAUUCGUCCUUGUGAUAUUACAAUCAACAUUGGUAAAGAUGCACCCAUUCCAGAAUGCCCUACCCCUGGUGAAAGGUCAUUUUUUAUCUUUUGUGUUUCUUGUGGAAGAAGACACAUUCGUUGUUGUUUUUUCUGUGACGUGAUUUUGAGAAUGUUGUUUCUUUUCAGAUGGAAAGAAAUUAAGCAUGACACUACUGUCACAUGGCUUGCUUUCUGGAAUGAUCCUAUCAAUCCAAAAGUGUUCAAUUAUGCAUUCUUGGCAGCUAGCAGUGCGUUAAAGCGCCUUAGAGAAGCAUGCACUAAAGAUCUUAGUGACAAGGGUGCAACAAAACAGGAAACAGAGGUUGCUACGUAUCUUAUAGAUAAGCUAUCCCUUAGAGCUGGAGACGAGAAGGUCACCAUCAUUUCUGACCAUGAUCAACGUACUGUCUCGGAAUCUAACGGACCACAAGCUGAGAGGCUGGCUGUGAAAAUAGAAGAACUAAGGGAGAAAAUAGAAGAGCUGGAUAUCGAUCUCGAUGGGACUGAGAAAGAAACUCCUGCAACUGAGUGGACGUCAGAUUUUUUUAUAGUUGAGCCGGUCAAAGGGAGUGACAGCAAUGUUCCUGUUUUCACUGAGCCGGCUACUGAACUGGCUGAUGUGUUAGCCUCAGAAGUUCCUAAAGAAACUGCUAUCUCACCUGAGGUUGAGCCUGUUCUUACACAAACUGCAUCCAAUAAGGAUGAGUCUUUAAUACAAUGAUUCUCCUAAGCUACUACCUUGUCGUUGACUCUUAACAUUUUUGUCUUUUGGAUGCUUCCAUGGAUGUGGCAGAAACUGGAGUGUGCAUGGAGGAGAAUGACUCAAUGGAUGCGGGUGAAAGGAUGAACUCAAUGGUGAUAAGGGAACCACCUCUGGAAACAGAAACUUUGCAGGAAAGUGAAGAUUCUGGUCCGAGUAGGUAGUAGGUAGCAAAGGAUUACGGUUGGAGACUGUGGUAUCUGAUCUGUUAAUACUCUCUCUACUAUGCAGUUGUUAGCUUAAAUCUAGAUUAAACAUUCGCUUAAUCAUGUCUCCAUUUUCUUCUCAAAACUGUAUGGUUUUAACUCCUUGCUUAGUUACUCUUUUCCAUGUUUUAAAUUUUAAGUUUUAACUAAGUAUUACUUUUGUUUCAAAAUAUGUUAUUUUAGAUAAAACUCUGAAGAAGAAAAACUAUUAAUCUUCUAAAACCACUAUUUAAUAGAUAAAUUAAAUAUAAUUUAACUAAUCAGAAAGACUGCAAAAAAUAAUUGAUUAUACAUCAUCCAAUAAAAUAUAAAAUUAUAGAGAAAAAUAACUUAUAUCUUUGAAAAUAUACUUUUAAAAUCAUUUAUAUGGUAAAACAGAUGGAGUACUCUUUAGUAAAUAAAAAGAGACAUAUCAGAUCAUCACAACCAUCUUAAAAAUAUAUUAUUAUGAUUUUUAAAUAGAAACAAACAAAAAAAGAGAGAUAAAAAAGAGAGGUAUCCCCAU